AUGGAGGAAGAGAAGGACAAGAGUGCCCAUGUCCUGGUGAUUCCCUCCCCAUUCCCAAGCCACAUAAACCCAAUGCUCCACUUUGCUGAUCGCCUUGCUAGCAAGGGCCUCAGGGCCACUCUCGUGGUCGCCAUCCAAAACCGCGGCGAUAUUCCUAAGGCCAAUCCCCCGGCCGAUGCCUCCGCAAGUCUUGAAUACAUCUCGGAUGGCUACGAUGAUGCCUUGCCGUCGAAUUUCGAUGUUGAAAUAUAUAAGACUACGCUUCAGCGUGUUGGCUCAGAGAAAUUGCUCGAGCUCAUAGCUCGACUCACUGUAGAAGAUAAUCGCGACAUGUGCGUUUUUUUUCCCGGAAUGCCGCCACUGGGCUUACGAGACCUCCCCUCGUUCAUCGCCCAACGUGAGGGCAAUCCAUCAAUCCUUGAAAUGGUGUUGAGCCAGUUCAAAAACAUGGGCAAAGCGGAUUUUGUCCUUGUGAACUCAUUUGAUAAAUUAGAGGAAGAAGUGAAAAAAGAGAUGGUGGAGCCCUGGUCCCCAAAGAUGAUCGGGCCGGCACUCCCAUUAGCAUACUUGAAUGGUUGAAAAACAAGAGCCACCAGGACAAGAGAUGAGCAAGGUGACCCUGCAGACUGCCUUAAUUGGCUAGAUAAGAGGCCGGUUAGCUCAGUAGUGUAUGUCCCAUUCGGGAGCUUGGCGGCUUUACCCGCCGAGCAAAUGGAGGAGGUAGCUGAGGCCUUGCAUUCGAGCAAGCGGCCAUUUCUAUGGGUGGUGAAGCUCCCCUACGCAUACCAAAAGGGUGGAAAUUCACUACCCGAGGGCUUCGUGGAGGCCACAUCAGAGCAAGGAUUGGUGGUGCCAUGGUGCCCUCAGCUUGAUGUCCUGGCACAUAGAGCGGUCGGUUGUUUCGUGACUCAUUGCGGAUGGAACUCAACGCUGGAGGCGCUGAGCCAAGGGGUGCCCAUGGUUUCAGUUCCCCAAUGGGGCGACCAGCAGACCAACUCGAAGUUUGUUUCGGAUGUCUGGAAGACACGUACGCGUGUCGAGAUCGGGGACAAGGGAUUUGUUCUCAGAGGAGAGCUGGAGAGAUGCAUAAGGGAAGUAAUGGAAGGGGAGACAGGGGCUCACAUAAGGGAGAAUGCUCAGAGGUGGAGAGACCUGACCAGGGAGGCUGUUGCUGAGGGGGGCAGUUCUGAUAAUAACAUCAACGAAUUUAUCACCAAGAUUUCCAUUCAUGAAGGUGAUGGCAACAUAUGA